CCCCCAGCUCUUUCUAGCGGAUAAAAGGAGAGGAAGUGCCAGACCACAGCCUCAGAGGAAUCUUCUCUCUUUCUCUCCACUCAGAACCUUCCUGGCUAUUUUUUUUGUAAAGUAAAAAAAAUUCCACUCUCUCCAUCUGUAACUUUUUGACUAUCCCAGCUUUGUUCCUCAAUUAGCCAUGUCACAGUUUGGUUACAGCUCCCGUUCAGCAGCUGGGCCUGGUGGGUUCUCCCAGGUCCGAGUCAGUACUGUCUCUUCGUCUCGUGGAGUCGGAGGGGGCAGCAGUUUCAGGAAGCCAGGAGGCUUUGGCAGCUCCAGCCUUUACAACCUGGGCUCAAGCAACAAAAGGAUUGCCCUAGGUGGUGGCGGAGGCAGCUCCUUCAGUGUCCGGUCCUCCUAUGGAUUUGGCGGAGGCCUUGGCAGUGCCUAUGGUGGAGGGCUUGGUGGUGGGCUUCCAUCGCCAGGGAUUCAAGAGGUCACCAUCAAUCAGAGCCUCUUGUCUCCUCUCAACCUGGAAAUUGACCCUACCAUCCAGAAGGUGCGCAAGGAGGAGAAGGAGCAGAUCAAGACCCUUAACAACAAAUUUGCAUCCUUCAUUGACAAGGUCCGGUUCCUUGAGCAGCAAAAUAAGAUGCUGGAGACCAAGUGGAGUCUCCUGCAGGAGCACAAGACCACACGGAGCAACUUGGUGCCCCUCUUUGAGGGCUAUAUCAGCAACCUGAGGAGGCAGCUCGACAGCCUGCUGAAUGACAAGGGACGCCUUGAGGGAGAGUUGAAGAACAUGCAGGAUCUUGUUGAGGAUUUCAAGAACAAAUAUGAAGAUGAAAUCAAUAAACGCACAACAGCAGAGAAUGACUUUGUUGUGCUCAAGAAGGAUGUUGAUGCUUCCUACAUGAAUAAAGUGGAACUGGAGGCCAAGGUGGAUGGAAUCACUGAUGAGAUAAACUUUCUGAGAACACUCUAUGAAACAGAAUUGCGUGAACUGCAGACCCAGAUCUCUGAUACUUCUGUUGUCCUUCAAAUGGACAACAACCGAAACCUGGACCUGGACAGUAUCAUUGCUGAGGUCAAAGCUCAGUAUGAGGAAGUUGCUAACAAGAGUAGGAUGGAGGCAGAGACAUGGUAUCAAACCAAGUAUGAGGCCCUGCAAGCCACUGCUGGGAAGCAUGGAGAUGACCUGAGGAGCACCAAGACGGAGAUUGCAGAGCUUAACCGCACAAUCCAGAGGCUGCAGUCUGAGAUUGAAAAUGUGAAAAAUCAGCGUGCCAAACUGGAAGCAGCCAUUGCUGAGGCAGAGGAACGUGGUGAGAUGGCUGUCAAAGAUGCCAAGGCAAAACUAGAGGAGCUGGAAGCUGCCCUCAACAAAGCGAAGCAAGAGAUGGCCCGCCAGCUGAGAGAGUAUCAGGAGCUGAUGAAUGUCAAACUGGCCCUGGAUAUUGAGAUUGCCACCUACAGAAAGCUGCUGGAAGGAGAAGAGAGUCGGUUGUCUGGUGAUGGAGCUGGUUCUGUGAGCAUGACUGUGCUCAAUACUACUGGUAGUUCUGCAUAUGGUAGCGGAGGUGGCUUUGGCUACGGUGGAGGAAUCAGCCUGGGGAGCGGAAUGGGCAGUGGAGGUCUGAGCUUUUCCUCUGGUGGUGGUCCAGGCAGCCUGAAAUCAACAUACAGCGUGAGCACAAGCUCAACCAGGCGAAGCGUCAGAAACUAAACUCCAAACAGCAACGGUCAUCACUGCCUGAAACAAAGAAAAUACAUAACCAGUCUCCCUCAUACUGCAUUAUCUGUCCACACCCACACAGAGAAAGAAAGAAAAUAUGGGUUGAGUAUCACUUAUCUAAAAUCCUUGGGACCAGAAGUGCUUCAUAUUUCAGGGUGCUCCUGGAAUAUCUGUAUUUGCAUAUACAUAAUGAAACACAAUGAGGCUGGAGAGAGAAUCUGAAAUGGUGGAAAUCCAACUACAGUGCUUAGUGUGAAUCCACACCUCCUGCCAUUUCAUAGAUUCUAACAUCUCUCUCAUGCCUUGCAAAUACAAUACAGGUACAUAGCUUAAAAAGUUUUAUAUUGGAGUUGCAGAUAAGAGAUACUCAACCUGUCCUGGGAAUGAAUGUGUGUUUCACUGGGCUUGUCUACAAUGGUGGGAAACCCCAUACUCACCCCAAAGUGGCUGCAAACUGGGCAUAAAACAUAACUUGGGGUUCACAAGCAAUGUGAAACAUUCUCUGAAAAUCCAGAGGAAAAAGUAACACCCUUUUACCCAGCAUUCACCUGUUAAAUCACGAUCGGUAGUGAAGACACAGCUGUGUCAUCCCCAGACAGCCUAAAUUCUGGAGUUGGCUCCAUUCAGAUGAAGGGGAGCGCUGUAUUUGAUUUUACUGACAAAACAGUUAACCUGGAUAGUGAAAUUCUAACCCAGCCUUCUUGCACCCUCAUGUGUUUCAGAUGUCUUGGUGUGAAAAAUGAGAAUUGUAGUUCAUUGUAGAUGUUGUGAACAUUGUUCUUGUGUUUGUGGGCAUUGUGGUCUGACCUAUCUGGAAAGCACCAAGUUGCAAAAAGCUGUUCUAAAAUACCCAGGUAAAUGUCAUAUUGUCUAUUUUUGAUGCAGAAAUUGCAUCCCCUUUAUCUCCUUUUAUCCUGUCUGUCUAAUUUUCCCAGGAAGAAAGACACGUGUAAACAUCAAUGAAAUAAAAUUGGAGUAAUCUUUUCCUCCCCCCCC